GGUCCUCUUCUUCUUCUGCUUCUAUUUACAGUUGUUUAUAAUUAUAACUGCAUGUCCUCCUUCUCUUUCUCUAAUGUUAUAAAUACUUAAAAAACAACUGAGAACUUGCGUAAAUAUCUACAUUAGCAUAUAUCCAUAUCCACCAUGGAUAAAUUCUUCUUCUGCCGUGCAUCAAUUUGUAUGUUUCUGGGUUUUGUACUGACUAAAGCAGUUCCCGAAGAUGCUCUCAUUACCUAUCUUCCUGGUUUCAAUGAAACAUUUCCAUCCAAACAUUACUCAGGGUAUGUGAGUUUAGAUAAUCAUCCUCCAAAAAGUCUGUUCUACUACUUUGUUGAGUCAGAAAGAGAACCAUCCAAAGAUCCUCUGGUUUUAUGGCUCAACGGGGGACCUGGAUGCUCUAGUAUGGAUGGGCUCGUCUAUGAACAUGGACCAUUCAAUUUUAGAGCCGGAAAGCCAGCUGGUACCCUCCCCACAUUGCAUCUCAACCAGCAUAGCUGGUCCAAGGUUUCAAAUAUUAUAUAUUUGGAUUCUCCUGCUGGUGUUGGCUUGUCUUUCUUCAAGAACACAACCACAUAUAAAACCGGGGACAUCAAAACAGCUUCUGAUACACAUAAUUUUCUCCUCAAGUGGCUUGAAAAGUACACUGAGUUCAUAUCAAAUCCGUUUUAUCUUGCUGGAGAAUCAUAUGCUGGAGUCUAUGUGCCUACACUUGCCUCCCAGAUUGUGAAAGGAAUUAAAAAUGGUACAAAGCCUUUAAUCAAUCUCAAGGGCUACAUGGUGGGAAAUGCAGUGACAGACCCAAUAUUUGAUGAGAAUGCUUAUAUCCCAUUUGUACAUGGAAUGGGACUAAUAUCAGAUCAGAUGUUUGAGGAAGUUCAAAGUGCUUGUGGAGAAAAAUACCAUGGAGACCUUAGUCAAAGAUGCAGUAAUAUGCUUGGUCAAGUUUUUAAAUUUCUUUCUGGACUCAACGUCUAUGACAUUCUUGAGCCCUGCUAUCACAUUCCAACAAAGGAAAAGAAUAUUGGAAAUGGAAGUGGCACUACUGGUUUACCAAUUAGCUUCAGGCAAUUAGGGAAGACAGAGAGACCACUCCCUGUGAGAAAAAGAAUGUUUGGCCGCGCUUGGCCUUACCGCGCACCAGUAAGAGAUGGACAAGUUCCAUCAUGGUCCCACAUAAUGAGCAAGAACAAUGUCUUUGUUCCAUGCUUUGAUGACAGAGUUGCAAUGUUAUGGCUAAACGAUGAAAAUGUCAGGAAAGCAAUCCAUGCUUCAGGAGUGGAGAGUGAGGUAGGUCAGUGGGAGUUAUGCACCUCAGAGUAUAAAGUACACUACCAUCAUGAUUCUGGAAGUAUGAUCCCUUACCACAUAUAUUUGAUCUCCCAAGGAUAUCGAGCACUUAUCUUUAGUGGAGAUCAUGAUAUGUGUGUGCCAUUCACUGGGAGUGAAGCUUGGACAAGAUCACUUGGAUUUAAAAUAUUGGAUCAGUGGAGGCCUUGGAUGGUCAAUGGCCAAGUUGCAGGUUUUCUACAAGAAUACGAAAAUAACCUCACAUUUCUCACCAUCAAGAUUUACUUGCAGGGAGCUGGGCAUACUGUUGCUGAGUACAAGCCCAAAGAAGCAUUGGAAUUUUAUAGCCGUUGGUUACAAGGAAUUUCUAUAUGAUUUUAAGUCACAUAUAUGUUAUGGGGAUUCAGUUUCUUAGACUGCCCAAAUGAGGAGAAGAAAAAUUGGAUCUCUAAUAAUAUGAUUAGAAGGGAAAUAAUUAAGAACUUGAUUAAUAUAAAAUAUUUUUUAAAAAGGAAAGUUCUUAACAUUUUUGUCAAAGUCUAAAGUUAUAAUGGGUCCUAUAUGAAGACUAUUAUACACCCUUCUGUAAAAAAAAAUAAUUAAUAAUAAUUGAAAAAAAAA